AUGCAAGAGACAGAAGAUUUUGAAAUGAACCAAAUGAUGAGAAUCGUUGAAGCGGAAAUGUCACCCAUGCUUGUACCAUUACCAAAACCGAUUGGUUAUGAACGUGAAUUUAUGGCCAGAGUAGCUCAGUUGACUCACAAGGAUUCUCCAGCUUGCAAUACCAUGCAAGAGACAGAAGAUUUUGAAAUGAACCAAAUGAUGAGAAUCGUUGAAGCGGAAAUGUCACCCAUGCUUGUACCAUUACCAAAACCGAUUGGUUAUGAACGUGAAUUUACGUCUAAAUUAGCUCGAUGGAGUCAGUUGGUUUUUCCAAGACCAUCUUUUGUGAGACAAACUGAAAGAUCAGCGCUGGAAAUAUCAUCAGCUGAACCGGAAUCUUGGACAAUAUGGUCGGAUGACCGAAUAGAAGAAGGAGUGACCGAAACAGAUAGUUUCAAAGAAACAGAUUCCGUAUUUACAGAUGGAUCAGUUCUCGAAGCAGAUGACGAAUUGUCAACAAUAUCAGCCUCUUUUGAAUGUAAUACAGUAUCAACUAAUACUGAUGAAGUCGAAAUCGUGAUUUCGGAAGGAAAAACUGCGGAAAUUAAGUUUGAUGCAGGGAGUGAAAACCAUGAAGCACGUCAGUUUUCUGAAGUUACUUCUUCCUCACCAAUAUCUUCAAGCUCGACAGUAACAGAAACAGCGAAGUGCACAAUAAAUGGGAAAAAAUUCGUUUGGAAUCGGAAUGCGUUGCCGUUUGUACCUCGUAAUUUAAUCGAUGAUCAAAACAUUGAACUACAAAAUUAUCGUCCAAAAACUCAUGCACAAGUAAAGAUUUUUUGA